AUGGACGGGCCGGACCCAGUUGACAUUCUCGUGAAGGCUACGGGGCCUCGUAAAGUGGUCUUUGACACGAAGAGUCGCAAGUCACAUGAUGCUACCGCUGCCGCCUCAAAGCAGCGGGACGAGGAGGGCGCCAUCUGGGACGAGAACCUGCUGGUGGGGCUGAUUGGCGACGAGAACACGUGCGUGGGCUUCCUGCGCUCGCCCGACGGCGACAGCAACGUCAUCGUGGUGCACGAACACACCAGCGAGCUCGAGAUAGAGGAGGACUUCCAGCGGCUGCUCGCAAGGGAGGACAUCGCCAUCCUGCUCAUCACCGACCAGGUGGCGGAGGUGAUCGCCAACAGCAUGGCGCGCCACCUGGACAGCCGGAAGCCGCCGGUGCUGCUGACGAUUCCCUCCCCCUACCAGCCCUUCGACUCGGAAGCCGACGUGAUGCUGAGGGCGGUGCGCCGCCUGCGCGCCACGGAGGGGGAGGGCGAGGGCGGCGGCCCCCAGGCAGACGACGCCGAGGACUUCCGCUGA